CGUGCCCUCCCUGAGCAACCACCUUUCGUCUCCUCUGCUCACGCUGACGUUCCUCGUCCCUGGCCAUUCGAUGCGAUGGAAUAAUUCGCACAGCCGGUGCACUGACAGCAUGGUUCUUCUCCUCAUCCCCACAAACUACGAUCCAUCAUCUGUGCACUCUCUGGUGAGCGUCGGCAACAGUCACCACACCAUCAUAAAGGUACCCACAGACCUUGGGUAGGUAGGUAGUACUAUCGUACUCAUCCGUCCUUGGCAAACCAGGCUCAUCUGUGGCUGCUAUAAUAAGGCUCUUUCGGCCACGUGAUGAUUUCACAUCCAGCUAUCAGUCAACUCAGCUCUCGAGUUUGCUGAUCUCCCGAGAAGGAGUCGAGGUCUUCAUUGCAUGAACCUGCCAGGAAGACUCGGCCAACAAACCAAUGGUACGACAUGGAUAUACGCCCAAGUUGCAGCAAUAUGUGGUACACAGUACGGCUGUCUGUCGUCAUCAGUCAUCAUGGUUCCCACCUCUUCGCUCUGGCUUCUGACAACUCAAGGGCAUCUCGCCAAUUGAGGUAAUAAACUCCAUGUCACCUAUCCCAGGAGGUAGCGAGCCCCUCACCUCCCAAGCAGAGCUGCAGUAGGGAACUCCUGGUCAAACAUCUCAACCGUAACUGAGACGAAGCACGCCAGUCAUCAGCUCCAUGUCCGUGACCAAACUAUCAUGUCCACCGGCAGGGUUUCCGCGGGGCAGUUGGGAGACUGUUUCGACAUGUCUCUUGGAGGCUCACCUCCGUACGCGACAACAAAGCAGGUCACUGGGCUUGCAGUACCCGCAUGUCGUCCAUGCCCGGGCUCGAUAACCCCAGUUGGUCCCAUAUUGAUAACAUCUCCUGCCGAACAGUCUUCGAGAGUCCGCUGGCGAUUUCCUUUGACAACAGUUCCCAGCUCGACUCCUCCUAAUUCCAACCCCGGCCUUAUCACUUUCGGCGCAGCAGGGCUGCGAUGGGCCUGUGGUCCGACUCAGCGGGUUGUCCUUCAAUGAGUACAGUUGAUCGUAACUUGAACGAUAUAUUUGAUCUUGUGCUCCCCUCGCCCGAUUGCCAGCGCCGAGGCGAUCAUUGCGCAUCUCUGUGCCAACAAAGCAUGGGGCACCACAACGAGCAAUCAUCUACGGCUUUCUGUGUUCCCAUGUCACAAGAUGCCUAGGCAACAUCUCACCCCAAACGCUUGUUUGGUAUGCCGCAAAAAGAGAACCAAAUGUGAUGGACAGAUACCAUGUCGCCGAUGCAGGUCAAGGGGCGAGGAGUGCUCCUACGAGGAUAAGAAAUGGAGGACCAAAGACCACCUGCGAUCCGAAAUUGAAAGGCUGAGGGCAGAGCAGCGGCAAGGCGAGGCUGUUAUCCAAGCACUUGUUGACAACAAGCCGGACCAGUGGGAAGUAAUUCAGGACCGCAUGCGCGCCGAUGAAUCCCCCGAUGCCAUUGCAGAAUGGAUUCGCUCACUGAGAGGUUUGCCGGAUUCUUCACAGACUCACCGGGGUCUAUUUGGGAGUACGCCUGCUAGUGGGCUAAACAACUUUAUACCCACACCCUUCCAGUCACAAUUCAACCCAACGAUGCCUGGAAUAGGGAGUGUGCCUACCGGCGGCUUCCCAGAAGCAGGAUCGGAUGUCCUUGAUGCAUUCACUACGAAUAAUGGGCCAGGCAACGUCGGAAACGGCGGUACCAACAUAUGUCACGUCACCAGCACCAUGGAGGGAGCUUCUCGUCCAAGUUUUUCCGCUGACUUGGUCGCUCCUGGAGAUCGUAUAUCAUUGCAAAAACACGGGACCUUUGUUUGCCCGUCCCUGUCGCCCACAGACAACUCCUCCCAUACCAUGAACCACCCACUGGACAUGGCUGGACCCGCGGCUUGUCGUCUUGUUCCGAAUCUAACCCCCUAUGGGCCUCCUGUUCGGACCUGGACUACUGUUACAUCCGACAAGCAUCUUGUCCAGCGACUCCUUUCGAGAUUCUUCUCGGGACUCUUUCCGUGCUUGUCAUUGAUAUCUUACGCGCACUUCAUUCAUGAUUUUGAAGAGGGCACUGCGCGGUACUGCUCAGAAGCGCUUGUGAAUGCCAUCCUCGGCACAGCAUGUAGGCUCUUCAACGCAACAUCUCAGCUCAUUUCGAGGAUCAGCUUCGGCGACGCCUUUGUGGGUGAGGCAAAGAGGCUGCUAACGGCUGAGGAUAACCACGUGAAUCUCCCAAGCAUACAGGCUCUCGCCAUCCUUGCUCUGGGGGAGAUGAGCCAAGGGAACGAUGAAGAGGCCGAAACCCUCCUCCGGGAGUCGGUAAGGGCCUCAGUUCAUCUUGUCUUGGAAGCUCGUGAUCUGGACGGGAAGGAAAACGAGGAUUUCAGAGUAGUGCGAGCACUGGCAUACUGUGGUGUAUUUUCUCUCAUGAGGUUCCUUCGCCUCUUGACGGGAGAUCUCGAGCCAAAAGUUGGGCCGUUGUUCAUCCGACUUCAGCCUAAUUCCCCGAGUCUUGACGAGGAUACGCCCCAAACACGAGUGGAGCGAGGCAUCGCGCUCCAGACGCAGUUCUUUGCCGAGUUGCGGUUUUGUCCGCCAUCAUCGAGGUUUAUCUUUGAGGUCAUGGAGACAGCACACACCUUUCUGUCUUAUAAUUACUCUCGAGCCAUGACCGCCAGUGAUCUCGAGAGUGCAUACGACAGAUGUGUGUGCUCAUAUCGCCAGUUUCUAGAAUCGUUAGCGCCAGCCUCCAGUCCCUCACAGGACACACUGCUCGCACAGAUUUGGUACCAUUUCUGCAUGCUGAAUUUGAUGCGGCCCUUUGUCUCGAACUCGAAUAACCUCGUGGAUGGCACCACCCCGAAAUUGUCUGGUGGUGCCAGGCCCAGUGUCCUAUGUCACCGAGCUUCAGAAGCCAUCAUUUCACUCACUGGCACUUACCAAGCCCGGAACUUCAUUGCAUAUCUGCCACCCUUGUUACCGUAUAUGGUCUUCACUGCCGUCCUGUUUGAACUCACGUUGACGGCCAGCCCGGUUUUGUGUCAGCAAGGCCUCACCGAUUCUCCGUCAAGUUUGUCUCCGCUUACUGGAUAUCAGUCACCCAAACAGGCCGCCUCCAAGCCAGGGACCCGUUGGUCUCAACUGCCUCAGGCAUCAGCUCCGCGUCCAGGAUUUUGUUCGUCCGACUCUGAGCCCGUAUCCCCAGCGUCUACCAGACAGGCCAACCAAACUACCCACCGCCGGGCGUCCGGUGUCUCGACUAUCUCCACCGGAUUUUCAAGUAGCGAACAGAGCAGGCGACCGAGUGGCUGUAGUUUUCUUUCUGGCACGCCACCUGACCAGGACGAGAUAUCGACAUCGGAUACAGAGUCAGACCUAUUCCCCGUGUUUUCGUCGCAGCCUUCGGAUCUUGUUACCGUCGGCUCACUGCAGUUAGCAUCCAUGAGCGCCCGCCAUCUGGGUGCCGCUGAGGUUUCCCGCCUACUCCGGGGGUUGGGGAACAUUCGAGAUGUCGCCGAAGUCAGGCUCAACCUAGCUGCACUCACCGCUUCACUGCCAUUUCCAGCUGUUGAAUUCGGAACUUCUAUCCUACUUACCGGCCUUGGACUUCAGAAGGUCCCGGUUGCCAGCGUGGUCCCGGGCGCUUCGACAUUUUGUGGAGGGUUGAGUCCUAUGUCGGUCCCAAAAGUCGAGUCUACUAAAUCACCCACCGGUGACCUGUCUUCAGCCCAACUACCUACAUCUCUGCAACAGGCACCUGGGCCAUGAUCUGGGGAUAUGCCAUGCGCAGUGGUGACCGGUAACAAGUAUGGAUGGCGUCAACAUAGCAUGUAGAGGGCUGGCCCCUAUUUUCAAUCAAGUCUUUCAUUUUGGCGGAG